AUGAAGUCAAUCUGUAUUGUCUUAAUACUUGUUGUGUUUUAUGCGGAAGGUUUCCUCCUAUCAAAAACGGAUGGUACAUCAUCAAAAACGAAGGCACCAAAGAAGGAGAAAUGUCUGAUUGUCAAAGGUAAAGGCAAGAAUUUUGUUGGUGAUGUUAUUUAUAUCCAUAAGGAUUUUGUUCCAACCUUGAAAAAGAUCGAUAACAUUGCGAAACAGUGUCACAUCAAACUAGCAAUCAAAGGUUCCUAUGAACGAGUGCCAGAUCUAUCAAAACCGCUCAAAUUAACGACGGCGAAUGUUGGCAAACGCCUUCGAUUUGUUGUUAUGGAUCAAACUGGAAAGAAGCUACUCUGCAAUAAUAUUUGUCUUGCCAAAGAAGGCGAAAAAGUUCCUCAAGUAAACUGCUUAGCCACGAAUUUGCGUCGGGAAAAUCUACGUUUUCAACCUCAUAAUGAAUUCGAUACACUUGAUGAUGCAUCUGAUUCCAAACCAGACUUUACUGAUUUUGAUGAGUCAAACGAAGAAUGUCGAAUCGUAGUUUUGAUUAGCAAUUAUACAUCAGAUAUGCAAUCUACAAGUAACGAUUUCGAGCAAUUAGCGAACAUUCACCCACGUUUAUGUAUAUUACACAAAUGGGCACAUUUUGAUGGGUAUGGAAUUCAUUUAAGUUGUAAUAAACACUCACUUGGCUUACGCAUUGAUGAUGUUGAAUUGAACAGUCCAGCGGAAAGCGGAGGUCUCUUUCGUGGUGACAUUGUUCUUGCCGUCAAUGGUCAUUUUAUUGCAAAUGAUGAUUUUUUUGCAAUACUCUUAUGUAUUGAAUAUGCACUUGAACAAGAUCAAAUACGAUUCUUAGUAUUGGAUGCGAAGAGUGCAGAUUUAGUGCAACGGUAUCACAUAAAUAUUGAUGAAAAUCAUGAGAAUUGUAUUCGAACAGAAACAUCGCAAACUUUUUGUAAACAUAACGACUCUCUUCAAAAUCAUUGGCAGGGAAUCAAUCGAAUCACACCAGACAAUUUAUCCAAUGCACAUUCUUUGAACAAUUUCAAAUCUGAGCUGCGCAUGUGUUCCGUAAAUCUUCAUCCUAAUAUCGGUCCGAUUGGCAUCACAUUAGAAUCCGACGCCGAUUUCGGUCAUAUCAUAUCAUACGUUGAACCAAAUUCGCUCGCCGCUAGCGCGGGUCUUGAACCAGAUCAUCAUAUUAUUUCUCUGAACAAUAUAUCUUUGAUUCAAUUGCCUUUCGAAGAAGUUUUGUACUAUUUGAAGAAGAAACGUGAUGAGACAACACUGAAUUUUCUUGUGGCAAAAAAAUCUUAUUUACUUCAAGUGUUACAGAAUCACAAAAUAUCAUUGAAUGCACUUGUCCGAACAAAUUCAGUCGGUUUACCGAUGAGGCAAACAUCGGAACAUGUUCUUCAUUCAUCGAACGUUGCGAAUCACGAGCGAGAAACGAUGUCGUCGACAACGGAUGAGCAAUACGAUCGACUUUCAUUACAAAUUUAUGCCAAUCGAUAUUCAGCGAAGCAUAAGAAGAGACAAGGAAAAGUUUUCGAUGGCAUUGGGCCAGCAGCAGAUCUUCGCUUUUCAUGGAGUUUAAGAAGUGAAAAGACAAUUGAUUAUUCAUCGGCGCAUUCGGAUUCAUAUGGACGAAAACCGACUUUAGUUGCCUACGAGCCAACGGAACGUAGUAACUCGAUGAAAGUUCCUCUCGAUUUGUUACAAGUUGGAAUGACAAAUCCAUCGCCAAAACAGCAACCACGUCGAAUUUUAACCCACGAGAGAAGUCAAAGUCCGUUUGAUAGAGAAAAACACACGAUGCAAUCGCCGUCAUUUUUCAAAAGACUUCGAAAUUCGCCAAGAGCUUCCCCAAGUCCAAGUUCGUCGUUAAAAAAGAAGAACGUUACACAUACUCCUUCUCCAGCAUUGAAAUCCCUUCGAAAAGCCAUGCCUAUCGAACCGUCGCCAAUAUGGUAUCAGGAAGAAUUUAUGGCAGAGAUAUCUUCGCAGAAAGUGUCCGAUAAAUUUUGUUCUUUAGAUAUGGACUGA